AUGUCGCUCUCUACAUCAACUUUCGAACCAAGCUCCCUCUCUUCCUCUGUCUUCACCUUCACGUCAAGAACUACAUCUGACUCGGAAGACGAUGUAGCGUCGCUCCCAUCCUCGCCAGGAUCCGAUUCAUUCCUCGACCGCGACCUCUCGGUAGACAGUGACGAGGAAUCCGAUGCGGAAGCAGAAUGGAGAGAAAGUCUCCAUCAACUCGAAAUGCUAUUGACAAUGGUCCUAGUACCGUUUGUUGGGAAGUUCCUUGGUAGAAAAUGUGCUUACUGGGGUAAGAUUGCUUUUAUCCUUGAAUAUGUGGAAAUAUCGCAUUUUACGGAGAACGUACUAACUGAAGCCAGGAUGGGGGAAAGUGAUGGAGUGGAAAUACCCAAUUAA